GCCGGCACAGCUUCAGGCUUCGGUCAGUCGUAGCUCUGCUGAGUUGGUGCGCGGUGCUAUCGGCGCGUACGCGUUUAUCGCAACACUGUAUAUGCAUACAUGUAAGUGGCUUUAGUCGAUCGAUACGCAGGAUGUGCGUGUCACCGGUAGCCGACUGCCCCUUUGUGUAACAAAAAAAGAGGGUCUAAAGCUAAGCCUUAGCCCUUUUCAUCGUCGACUUAUAUCUUACAACUACCGAGAGGAAGAGAGAGAGAGAGAGAGAGAGAGAGAAAACGUGAGGAAGACGCAGAAUGAGAGGCCUUAGGUGCACUGGCCUUUCAUCGACGACGAGAUCGAGAAUGACGAUGUGCAGUCACCAUCAACAGCGUCGUCUUUCACGGACCUGAGAGUUUUCAACGCAUUAAUCAUUUCGACAAUCCGGAAGAAUUUUGCCUUUCGGUGAAAUAUAUAUUCCCAACCAGACAACAAGGUCAUCCUACGUGAAAUUAAUUCCUUUAUCAAGCAUGCAAGUCGCCCAGAUUACAAAGGAAGAGCUCCAAGGGAAUCUCGAAGAGACAAAAAUACGCACUCAGACGGUAUGAUCGCGUGCUGGGUCUUGGUCGGCGUGCUGGGGGCACUUGUGCUCUUGCACACACUUUUCGAGGUGCACUACUUUAUACGCAUGUUCGCUACUGUGUUCUUCGCCAGGUUUUGCCGAAAACGCGUUCAUAUUCUUGAGGAGACUUCGAUUUAUGCAUUAUGCACGACCACGGAUAUAGAUUGGUUGUUGAAUCACAUGAACAAUGCGCGCUACCUGCGUGAACUCGACUUUGCCCGAGCGGAUUUCUAUGAGCGCACAAAUCUUUAUCGCGAGAUUUGCUCUCACGGAUCAGGAGUUGUACAAGGAGCUGCCACAAUCAGGUACAGAAGAUUUCUGAGGCCUCUCACCAUUUUUAAGAUUACAUCUAAGAUAAUUUAUUGGGACGAUAAGACGAUCUUCAUGGAACAUCGUUUUGUCACACCGUCAGAUGGAUUUAUAAGGGCGAUAGCAAUAUGCCGGCAGCGAUUACUUGACUGCAAUGCUGAGACGGUAAUGGGUGCACUCAUCGAUCGUGGUGUCAAGCAUAACGGUAACCUCGAGGCUGGAGUCACUCAGGUACCGCACGUACGUCCAGAGAUGCCACCAGAAGUGGCUCGGUGGUUGGAGUCCAACGACAUAUCGUCAGUUAAUCUGCGCCGACAAACGCCUACAUCGCCGCAACCAACGUAUCCUCCAUCGUCGCUACCACAGACACAGACUGUUGCGACGCAUUGCUGACAAUCGGAGAGUAACGUCAGCUAUGACGGACACUCAUUGUACGAGACGACUCUCGUCUAAAAAAUUUCCUUUGCAAUUCUUCCUAAGCGUAUAUUUUAUGUAGUUUUAAGUGGUGUACCUUAUAUUUCGAUCGAGUCUAGUCGAUUGAACGUUUUUGGUAUGACGUCUAUAAGAUCUUUAGCAUUCUUUCCUUUUAAAUUGAAUUUUUGUAUAAUUUUUUAUAACAAUUUUAAGGACAUUACAAUUUUGUACAAUAAGACAUUUUACAAUUUUGUGAUAUUCUUUUCUCUCCUAAAAAUAUAGUCAUAUUAUUAUGUUUUUUAUUGAAGUUGAUAAUUGACCUUUACAAGGAUUCAGUAUUAGUAAUUAAAUUAGGAUAUUUUUGAAAUAGAGUUUUCAGUUUAAAUAUUAUUGCAGAAAAUGCAAUCAAAAAUUGAAUUAAAAUUUUGUGAAAAUUGUUUAUCCCUAUGAUUCAAUUUUAUAAAGAAUACAUCCUUUAUUUUUAAAAGUGUAUACAUCUACCUAAGUUAAGUAGUUCGAGUUUGGUUUGUUAAAGUACACCUUGCCUUUGACUGAUAUGUGAAGCGGUUGGAUCGUCUGCCAUUGUUGAAAUGUAGGAGAGCUUAUGACAUAGAAAAGAAAUAUAAAUACCUCACGAGGAAUAGAGGAGUCAAAUCAACCAUAUUUUCAGGUGAACGACAAUGAUCAAGAUAAUUGCCGUUAAGCAAGUUCUGUUGUGAUAUUUAUUAUUGUUACUAAUUAUGAAUUUGUGGUGUUUAUUGUUGAAAAUGAUAAAUUAUUUUGACCUUUUAUGAAAAAAAAUGAAUUAGUGGUAUGAAUUACUGGUCUGUUUAAUUUUUAAUGAUAAACAUAUGCAAGUACUUAAAAUAUAAAAUAAAUUCAAGUGAUUAAUUUUAAAAAUUAAUCUCAGCUGUAAAAGUAUAUUUUUUACAUAAUAUAUGAAACGUUUCAUCAUCAACGUUAAUUUUUAUGAUAUAACCAAAUACAUUAAAGCAGUUCUGAAAUUGUUAUUAGUAAAAAUAGUAGUGGUUAAGGAAAUAUAAUGACGAGUUAAAAUAUUAGUAUUUAUUUGGUAAUUAUUAAAUAGCAUUUUUAAUUUUUUAAAUGUAUUUCUACUUCGAAAAUAAAAUCUACUUCCAUUGUGUACUUAAAGUAUAAUAAAACUACUAUUUAUAAAUAGUUAUGGUCUAUUUAUAAAGAAAAAAGUCUUUGACUUACUGAUCAUUACUUCUUUUAAUUUUUGAAUGGUGAUUGUUGAAUCAAAAUGACUUUUCAUUCAGAAUGUUGUAAUUAUUGUAAGUCAAACUUGUUUUUUAAAUAAAAUUAUAUAUUAUUUAUUUAACCUUUUUUUUAUGCAUAUUUGCAAGUAUAUAAUAAUUUUACAUUAAAUUACUUCAACAGUCUUAAAGCUGUUUUAUGAUCUGAUAUAACAGCGUACUUCUUGUAAAAAGCCCGUAGAAAUGUAAGAUUUAGUUAUAUUUAGCCAAAGAUUAUAAGUUGUGAUCACAAGAUGACGCGCCAUAGUUACUGCAUAGUUAUGUGUAAACGAAAAUUGGAAAAAUAUUGGAAAUUUAAGUGAACCGUCAAAUGUAUCGGUAUGAUAUACAUAUAUGACGAAAUUAUUAUUUUUUAAAUAAUAAAUACUAUGUUUUAAUAUUGCAGUUAUGCGAAAAUAUUAUUCAGAAUUGAAUUUCGAGACUUUGAGUUAAUUAUUUAUAUUACAUAUUACAAAUAUGCGUAUAUUUUUCUUCCACUGUACUCAAAGAAUACUACUGCGUGACGAAUCAUUUAGACUUAUUAAUUUUUUUAUGAAUUGUUUGGAUGAAAAUUUGAUAAUAAAAUU